UUUCCCGCCCUCCCUCCCUCAAACUUAGCUUUCUUGUAUCAUACUUCACAUUAACGGCCAUCUUUAUCUUCAGUUUUCAGUCACAUGCAUAAUGAAACCUAAGACUGGUAGUAGCACUAGUUCUCAGCAUCAGCAUCUCAAUGUUGCCAUGUUCAUGAAUGAAACUGAGUUUGAAGUUGCAGAAAUUUUUCUGCAACUUCCACAACUAAUUUUUGAAUCGGAGUCUUUGUAUCGGCUUUCUUGGGGAAGAAAGAGAAGAGGAUCUUCUAAAACUGACCAUCCUUCUUUUCCUCCCCUGGGUUCUAAUUCUAUCCCUGAGAUUGAGACACCUAAAGCUCUGAGUCCCGCAACACCUCUAUCGUUUCCUCCCAGUGAAUCUGAUGACAAGUUUAAGCAAUCUAAAAGAAAAGUUUCCCUUAAAAGGAAGAAAGAGGAAUUGUUGGAGGAGCUUAAAGAUUUAGCCGAACGCAAAGAGUUUUUUAAAGAAGAAAUAAAGAAUUUACAAGGCUAUUACGAUGAACAGAAACUUCUGAAUUUAAGUCUCAAAGCUAAGAAACAGAUGCUAAUUCUUGGACUUCCAAACGAAGAUUCAGCAAGCCAAACGAAUUUGAAUCAUGCAGCCAUGUUGAAUAUUCCAGAUGAGCAGCAACAGCCAAGUUCUUACUUGGUACAUAUCCACCGUUGAUCAUGGAUGAUACCGCUCAUACCAUCUCACGUGAGAAAAGGGUGGUGGCCGAAUUGUAGCUGGAAAUGUGAGCAGUGUUGAUAAAAGUGAAAAGUAGGCGUUGGCUGCACAAGCAAGACAUAAAAGGAUUCAGAUUCUCAGGUUUGUUUAAGAAGCAUAAUGUUACAGUACGUUAUCCCAGAUGUAAAUGAGUUGAGAAUUAGGAAAAAUUUUAAGAUUUUGUUUCA